AUGAAAUUCUCCCCACAAUUUCUUCUCCCAUUCUUCCUCGCUCUUGCGCCUUCAACUUCAGCUGCUUCCCCAAGCGAUCUUCAGGCGCAAAUUGGUCACCAUGUCAUCUUCUCUUAUCCCGGCCUUGAGCCACCAGCCCAUCUCCUCGACCUGAUCAAGGAAGGCAAAGUCGGCGGUAUCAUUCUGUUCGGCGAAAAUGCCGGUGAUAACCUCACAACCACAAUCGAUAACUUCCAAGAGACUUAUAAGCAAAGUCCGUACUAUUCAGGCAGUCCUCUGUUCAUCAUGACAGACCAAGAAGGCGGAAAAGUGCGUCGAUUGGCCGGCGGACCAGUAGAGAGCGCUAAGCAAGUCGGCCAGGCCGCCGAUCCGGAAGCAGCAGCGACACAAAUGGGCAAAGAUGCCGCAAGCACCCUAAAGGAAUUCAAAAACAACUUCAAUCUGGCACCUAUGUUGGAUGUUUAUCGCGAACCCGGAGACUUCGCCGAUGCCUCCCAGCGCUCUUUCAGCAACUCAUCCCGCGUCGUCGGAACAUGCGGGUCUGCAUUCAUCAGCGCGCAACAAUCAGCCGGUAUCGUCGCAUCUGCCAAGCACUUCCCUGGCCUUGGUGCAGCAGGCGCAGGCGAGAAUACGGAUCUACAACCCGUCACUAUUGACUUGACUCUCGAAGAGCUGCGCAAGGUGGAUAUGGCACCGUAUACCAAGGCCAUUGCGGCAGGUGUGGACGUGGUCAUGACUUCGUGGGCUAUCUAUCCCGCUUUGGACCCGACCUAUCCCUCUGGUCUGAGCAAGACUAUUAUCCAAAAUGAGUUGCGGGAUAGACUUGGCUUCAAAGGUGUCACUAUUACCGAUGCGAUUGAGGCGGGAGCGUUAGAGGCGUUUGGCGAUCAGGCUGCUCGUGGUUUGUUGGCUGCGCAGGCUGGUGUUGAUAUCUUGCUUGCAGCUAAGAAGGAUGUCACGCAGGGGGAAGAUAUAUUUAAUUCUCUACUUGCUGCGUUGGGAGAUGGGUCGUUGGACCCGGUGUCAUUUGCUGCUGCGACCCAGAGAAUUUUGGAAGUUCGGAAGAAGCUUGCUUAA